AUGAAUAAUGAUUUCAACAUCAAAAGUUUUGCUAACGAGUUUUGGACCCAAAAAAAUUCUGAAAUAGUUGAGAAAGUCAAAUUCGAUCCCAAUAACACUUUUGAGUUUAAGACAAUGCUGGAAAUAUUAAUCAAAACUCUCAAAUAUGUGGGCUGUUUAUAUGGUUGCAAAUUUGAAAGUAACCUACAAUUAUCCGAAGAGGUUAGUAAAAUUGACAAAUCAUGCUUAAUGAUGUUAUACAGCCUAAAUCCCACAAAGUAUAUUAGAUUUUUCAAGUCCCUGUCCAUUAAGGAUAAAAUGAGCAAUCAAAUUGAAUUUUAUCACGUGUUGUUAGGCUUUUGUCUGGAUAAAAAAACUAACGAAAACAUGAAUGCAAGUUCAAGACCCGUUGUAUCCCACAGUUGUGAUAGCAUCGAAUACAUAACACUUGACUGUGCUUUCGAAAAUUUUAUCCAUAAAUUGGGUAAAAAUUCCAAAACCCUCAUGAAUCCUGAAAAUUUCAAUUUAUUUACCGAUAUCUUGAAAUUCGUCAAUUUUGUAAAAGAUGAAUACGAAAAUAUAUUCAGUAGAAUCGCAUUAUCUGGCUUCGUGACAAGUGGGCAAAAUAUCAAUCAAUUGUUAACGAAAUUUACAAUGAUACCUCUAAUGCAAUUUAACGGGGAUUUUAGAAAAGAAUCACACAUAAGGAGUCAAUCUUUUGAAGAGGAUCUCGAUGCCAUCAAAAACUUUAGUUCCGAAGAUUUAGCAUCAAAAUAUGGGAAAAAUGGAAGGCCUAAACAAAUCAAGAAUAGGAUCAAAAGAGUUGUUGAUAAAUAUAAGAUGAAAAAUAAAUCCGUCAAACAACCUAAGGGUAAAACUAUCGAGAGUUUAAUACGCGCCAGUGAACUUCAAAAAAUUACUGCCUUUCAUCAUUUCGCUUUUCCGAACGUGAAGAAACAUAAUGUUACAUCAAAUAAUACAGAUACGUCAGAUGAUAUCAGCCGAACUUCUAUGCCCACAUUUAAAAUCAAAAAUUAUUUGAUACCGGAAAAGUAUAGAUCUGAAAUUAAAUUUAAGCAAGCAAUGAUGACAUCGAAUAUAGCAAAUGAUUUUGACUCCAGACCUAAUGAAUCGAAACAUCAAAUAUCUAAGAAAGAUGUUAAAAUGCAAGUUGAUUAUCUAAAACUAUACGUCGAAGUCGAUAAAUUGAAAAGAGGUUUGUUAUGUAUGCACACACUAUUUCAAAGCACCCAUAUCGGUACAUUCCCGGAAUCUGGCAUGAUAGCCUCAAUGUUAGACUUGGAAUGUCCAAUGUUACAUAGGGCGUGUUUCAUUGUCGAAUGCUGUCACUACGUCCAUACCUGCAACAUGGGCAGGAUAUUGAACUGUUUCAAAAAUGAAAGCUUAUUCAUGGCCUCCCCUAUGCCAAAUAAGAAAACUUUCAAAAAGCUUAAUCACACCAAGAUACUAUUGGGGAAUCUUUUUUACAAAUGGGGAGAGGUAAUAGGAAUAAAACUUGAAAAUUUAAUGAAGAAAGAAGCUUACCUGAAUAAUGGUAAAGGGACUACCAAUAAAAAUGACGACUUUCAGAUAGGCUAUUUAAAUGUAGAAGAUUUUUUCAUGGAAAAUGUAGACAUGGGUAAGAAAAAUGAGUACAAUAUAUUGAUAAAAUUUCUGAUGACAAACUUGCUAUACGAAAUAACAGUAUAUCUAAAAAGUCUUCGAAAACGCAAUAGUUCGAGUAAAGGCAAAACUAUCAAAAAAUACGGAGUUUCUUGGGAGAAGAAGAAACGCAGCAGAUGGAACAGUUUGCUGGGGUUGAUGGGUGUCUCCAUAAGUAGUCUGUCAUCCGGGGGUCCCGAUAUCUCUGAACCUAGAAAAAGUUUAUUGGCCUCUAAUCUAUCUCAAAAAGAAGAUUCUUCACAAGGUAGUAUUACUAGUGUGCACUUGGAUGAUACAAUAACGGAAGAAGAUAUUCCUCAAGAUCAAUCCAACAAAAAACUUUCGGAAGGUUACAUCUAUGAAAAUAAAAUUAGGCGACGAUUUGGCUCUUCGUUCGGCUCAUUUGCGGGUCACAAUAAAUCAAGGAGAUCUAGUUUGAAAUUUAAAAGGGGAGAAGAUAUGAGCAGAAAAGAUAGCUUAAAAUCUUCCCGAAAAUUAAGCAGCGUCGAUCAGUCCGUUCCUUCUUCAACUAACGGAACUCGAGCUGUUAAUAAAACUGAGAGCCAUAAUGUGACCCCCUCGAGAGAUAAAGAAAGUAGUAUUGAUGCCUCAGACGACCAAAUUGAUAGCAGUAAUGUGAUAAUUUCCAUACCUGAAACAUAUCCCUGGAUUGUAAUAAGCUUAGGAAUGCAGACUAUGUUAGAUUAUGAAUGUAAGCACUCACCUAGUUGUUCCCCUUAUUGCUACAAGUUACUCUAUGAAAAUAUGAAUCAAUUACUAAAAGCGGUAUCAUUGGUGUACGAAUACGAUAUUAAAAAGGACAAAAUUUGUGAUGUCCAUUCAUUAAAUACUUUGCAAUACCUUAUGAAAAAAAAAGCUUUAGUACAUCAUCCACCUAUAUUGAUAGAAAACACGCCUGAUCAUCAAUCUUCCAAAUAUAUCGACAAAUAUCAUUCAAAAUUAAGUACCAUUAUACCAAACUAUAUUCAAAAUCAGGUUAAGGAUUGCUCGCACUCAAUAUUCACUAUGCUUGUUAAAAUUGCCCCUCUUAUCCCUGAACACCUGUUUCAAAUUGGAAUGAAUUGCGCUUGGAGCCUAGUUAAAUCUUCCAAUAAAUAUCUCUCUUACAGCUCAGCUGCCUUUAUAACAUUGGGAUCAAUCAAAUUUCCGGAUUUCACUAUCACUCUGAUAAAAAAUGGGUUCGAUUCAAAAGACGAAAAUGAAAUCAUCAAAUCCAUUUUAAAAUUUUACAGACUGUGGAAGUACAGAAACUACAUAUGGCCUCAAAUAUAUGAUGAAUCAACUUCAACCUUUAAAAUAUCACCUCCAAAUAUUGAAUUUACACUACCAUCACCUAUGUUGGGAACAAGUUUUCCAGAGAUUUUUAAUGCUCCAUGGAAUCUAAUAGUUAGAAGCUCCUUUGAAGAUCUUACUCUAUCUCAAGAUAUAUCGACGGUUAUGAUUACAACUGCGAAAAGUCGGAAGAAACAAAAAGAACUAUUUAUUGAAAGAUUAAAACAAUCUCAGAAAGAUAAUCUCAAGAAAAAUAGAGAGAAUUGCCAAAUAACAGCCAUCGCUUACUUGCAACAGGCCUCUUUCGAUCAACUCAUAAAUAGAAGUGGUCUCGAACAAGAUGAUGAAAAUGAAGAUAAAUUUGAUAUGGUAACGACGGUUAAUUGCAAAAUUUCUAACACGAUAUUUCCAUCUUCCUUGAGUAGUAUUUUUAUCAAGCUGUUAACUUUUCUUCACGAUGAAGACUUGCAUUUUAAUGUGGCCUCCAUAAAAAUUAAAAAACUCUGUACUUUUAUAUUGUGGAAUUGCAUGUGCGAAGACCCUCUAUAUUUUAUGCGAUCUAUAUUUGAAAGAUUGACGAAAAAGGAAAUGCCAUUUCUAAUAAAUUGGGUACAAACUUUGUUGAAUCAAUUUUCCCAGCUUCCUCCAUACUUUGCCUACAUCAUAUUCAAUUAUAUGUUAGGAUAUUGUAUGUACUGCAUCAGAUUUUCAAAACAGCCAGAAGCUCAGAUUCUAAGCUGUUCUAUAUUAUGGCAGUUAUGCCCAUUUGUGAAUGGAAUUUCAAUUAAGGAUCUUAGCCAAACAUUAAGAAGAGAACAAUGCGACAUGGCUUUGUCUAUUUUAGCCUUCAAUCCGCCUACCAAAAAAAUUAUAGUUCAUGCCCCUGAUUUAACGAGCAUUCCUACACAAUUAUCAGUAACGGAGUUAACAAAAUUUAAAGAUGUUUUGCAGGAAAGCUUGGAAUUCUUUAACAUACAAAAGGUCGAGUACCUUAACUACCAAUUGAUCAAUACUAAAACCAAAAGGAUGCACAAUCCGAACUCAUUUGUUAGAGAUUAUUAUAUUUUCAAAAAAUCGAUUUAUCCGCAGUUGAGCUUGCUCAGGAUUGAUCCCUCUAGCGCUGAUAUAAUUAUCGAAAAAGAAGAAUUGUUAACCAUUGUCAAUGAAAUUAACAGAAUUCAGUUAGUGAUGAUAUUCUUAAAUUAUUCAAGGAAGGAUAGUUUACAAAAUACGACCUACUACUUGUGUGAAGAACUCAAAAAAAAUCCUAUAUUUCUGAGAAAGGCAUUGAAUUCCAAUUGCACACUAUACGGAAAUGGACUUUUAGGAAAAGAAAAUAUGUCGUUCGAUAUUCUUCAAUCUUACAGCUGGAUAAAACUAAUAGAUUCGAUAUUCUAUUCAGGAAACACAUUAUUAUCGACACUGGAAGAGUUUCAAACUUUUAUUCCAGCUCUCAUGGGCAUCAUAUUGCUUUAUAACGAAAAUUUCGCCAUAAUGCGCUGUGGUUUAGCAUCACUUAUAAAUUUCCCCCUCUCAUAUAAACAUGUAUUUGGAAACUACGGAUAUAUAUUGCUUGUUCCGAUGUUGUUACGAAUCUAUGCUUAUGGGAUCAAAAACUUACACACUAAGAAUACCGUAGAAAAUCUUUUCAAAGUUUAUUACACCAUGCAUAGGAAGCCUUUUGUUUUACAAGUGUUAGCCUGUAUCAGUCAAAUAAUGGAAGAAAACGAAAUGAAUGACAAGAGCUAUUAUGUUGAUCCGAUGAUUAUGUAUGAUUUAAUCUUUUCAAUGGAAAAGAAUUUCAACAUUGACUUAAGCUCUAUAUUAGAAUUAUUGCAAAAUGGACAAUCCUCAAUAGAAUGUUUGGACAUAUGCUACACCAAUGAUUCGGAUGGGUUAAACUUCAUAGAAAUCAUAUCUAUGUGCAUAACUGUAAUUAGCUAUAAUUCGGAAUCCGGAAGAAGUUUGCAAAUGCUUAUAAUUUUAAGAGAUGUCAUACCGUAUUAUCACAAAUAUCUGGUCAAUAAAUCAAAGCAAAACAGCAAUGAUAAAAAAAUAAUCGCCGAGGAAUUAUCAGCUUAUAAAACCAUUUACACUGAUAUUCAAACACUCCUGAGGAACGUUGAAAGUUUUAGCCGGCCAUUUGUGGGACACAUGCCAAGGGAGAAUGAUCGAAAAUUAUUUCACAAUAGAAACAUUUUUGGUCACUUUAGAGACAAAGAAAAGUUUUCUGAGAACUGGAAAAAACAAACAUUCAACAAUGUGAUGAAAAGUGAAAAAUUUGACCAAAAAUAUUUGUUGCAGCAAUACGACAAUUACACCAAGCCUCGAGAUCUAUUAUUGUCAUUUGUUUCCGAUUUUUUAUACAUUAAUCAAUGCCGAAUUUCAGAGCUAAUACAGUUGGGAUUAGUCGAUAAACAAAAUUUUAAUAAAUCAAAUUUUCAAUUGGAUCAGCAUUCAAAUACUAAAAUAGCGGAAAUUGUAAAUGCAUUAUUGAGGCUAGUUCCAUACGACAUACAAACAUUAACAAGAUAUGGAAUUAACAGUUAUUUGACUAAAGUAAUGCCAACAAUAGAUUGGUCAUUGGAUAUUUCGAGGCCAUCGUUAAAUAUUAUUUACAAAAGGCUGGACAAGAUGCUCUUAAAAAUAAAUAAGAAUACAAAUUCAAAUAAAAAUUAUUAUGAGCUGGAUUAUCUAACCGUCCCAAUCAGAAGUAUUAUAGGCACAAUGAAAAAAUAUCCUUUCAUAGCCCAUUUGCCAACUAUUAAAUCCAUCACUCAAACUUGCAUAAAUAUGGUUCAUCAAUAUACUUUCAGUUGCACACCUUACGAUAAAGUUGAAGAUGUUUUUGAUCUAAACGGGGAUUCAUUCAUGUCUCUCACUUUAGACCUGGCCAUUGAGCAUAUGUCCAUUUUGAGAGAGAACUUUAUAAAUCUCGGAAACAUUCCCAACUCUAUGGCAAAUACGUUAUCUCACAAAUUUGACAGCUAUUUGUUUUUCUUUUAUACACCUUUACUGCUUUAUUACAUCAAAUGCGAAUCGAGCCUUGAUUUAGACGAACAUAUUUUUUCUAACAUUUUGAACGCCAUAGUCAGGAUAUUAAGUCUGGAUAAUUUCCAAAAUUUUUACAAGGAAAAUCACCAAGGUAGUGUAUCUCACGAUAGACAAAAUCUAUCCAGCCAAGGGGCAUAUUAUAACAAUAAUAAUUCUAAUAUAAACAAAUCUGGUGGAUACACUAUUAACACUUCUGACGAGGCAUCAUCGUUAGACGGAGAAACUUUGUGUCAUGUUUGCUUAUGGAGUUUGAAAGUCGCAAUACUCUUCAACGAAAAUUUGACUCAUAAUUAUACGUUUAAAUUGUACAAAAUUUUGUCAAUGUUGGUUGUCAUCUAUAAAAAUACAGCCAUGAUGAGGGAUUUCGAAAAAUUCAUUUAUUCCUACAGACCAAAUUUGUAUUUAACCUAUAGAUACAUAAAAAAGACGUCAAUUGAUGCAAGAAAAUCAUCAGCUCCUGAUAUAGAUGGUUUCAGGGAAUCAAUGUUUAAAAAGUUUGUAACCAAAAAGGAAAUCAUACGAGAUUUGAUCGAAGAAUACUCCCAUUUGAAAAUUUUAGUCAAUGAAAGGAUACACGAUAAGAAAAUGAGAAAUCAUAAUUUGUCAAGCAUCCUGAUUGACCCUAUUUAUGACUCACCUUCCAGUGUGGUAAAUUCAAAGUCUAUAAAAAUGGAGGAUCAAACUAACCCUUCAGGUUCAAAGGAGAGCUUAGAUCCAAAUGAAGAUAACAAAGAUGCCACCGGUUGUAAAAGAUAUGGUCCGGGUAGGAAAACAUUGCGGAUGACAAAAAAGAAAAGCAGUUUAAAACACGAACAAGCUUUCUAUAUUGAGGGCAACGCUCCAACGUCCAUGUAUAUGUUUACGAAACCUGAAAUUUUGAAAGAAAGCGAAAUUAAUUCUAAAGAUAAUGUACAGUCAUUAUUAAAUCCCUCUCUUAAUGAAACGAUAUCAUCAGAAUCUGUCGCGAGUGAAACUUCAGCCCUUUUGGGACAAGAUAAAGCGCAUUUGACAGAGAGAAUGAAAUUGGACACCAAUUUAUAUGAUAAAUACAAUGAUCAAAACGUAUAACUAACUUGUUUAUACUUAUAUUUAUACUUAAACGGACGAUGCAAAAAAUAAAAAAAAUUUGAAUAAAGUUUAAACCGCGAAAAUAAUUUUACUUAAGAAUAUUUUAAUAUAAUGUGCAAUUCUCU